CCUACCAGUUUGCAGUUUGUCUCUAUGCUCGCACUCAUGCAGGCAGAAAGGACACAAAUACUUGCAUACGCAUACAGGCUUACACACACACAUAUACACAACAGGCUCGUUAUAUUCACAUCCUGUCGAGUAGAGCCGUUCGGUUCGUUAGUUCCUUCGUUCGUAGCCGUAGCCGUAGCUAUGCUGUUGCCUGCCGACAAUAGCUACCACCACCAGUCAACGAGGCAACUGUGCAGCCAUCAGGCGCGCUACUCUUACCUCAGUAGUCUGCAGCAGCAGCAACAGCAGCAGCACCAGCAGCAGCGACAGUCGCAGCAGAAGCAACAACAUCAACAACCCGAUGCCCGCCUUCCUCCCUUGCGCCCAACAACCACCCACUGCCAACCAACGGACCGUUAGCUCGAGUACGGGGUUCAGUUACUAGUAUAUGCAUGGGUAUAUAUAUAAAGCUGCAAUGAGACGACAAACAAGCAGAAUAAUCGACAUCGACCCACUGCACUGUGGGCCUCGCUCUAUACAAAAGUUUCGUGCUGAUGUUUGGGCAUUCGAAUUUCUGCUA